GAUGAAAGAGAAAGUCAUACUUCUCUUUUCUCUCUCUUUCUGCCUUCCAAUCUCCUUUUUUCAAAUCUAGAUCUCCUUCCUUCUCUUGUUCUUCAUUUUUUUCUCCAACAAUCAACGAGAAAAAAAUUACAGCCUCCCACCUCAAAUCCGGUAACGCUCCAGAUUCUUCUCUCUCGAGCUGCUCCUUCCUUCUGUUCUUUCAUUUUUCGACCUCAAAAUUGGUGACUCUCUAUAUCGAUCAAGAGGGACAGAUCUAGGUGAGUCGAGUUUCAUGUUUUAUAUUUUAUUAUUUGUUUGUGAAUUUUCAAUUCCGAUCUUCCUCAUUUUUUUUCAUUUGGUGUUCUUGAUUGUGGUGGAGGAAAUGAGAUGACACAGAAAAAGAGUUUUUUUUUCUCUCACUCCUUUUUUUCUUUUAGGUAAUAUAUAUUGAUAUUACCACACUAUAUCGUAUGGUAAUGUGUGAUAACUAAAUGUAUUUUUAUAGUCACAAUUUUUUUAAUAGGUGGUAGUGGCUUGUAAUCGACACUAGUUCCUAGAAAAAGAUUUAGAAGACAAUGAAGGGGGAGAAGAAAGUGAAGAACGCCAUAAUUGUAUAUAUAUAUUGAGAUUACCAUAUUAUACCAUAUGGUAAUGUGUCUAUACCAUAUGGUAAUGUGUGCUAAUGAAAUGUAUUUUUAUAAAUAUCAUGUUUUACUAUGGUUGUAGAGGAUUGUAAUUAGAUUUAUAUUAUUUUUAUAUGGUUUACCUUCUCAUACCGUGUGGUAUUGUAUGGUAAUUAUAAUUAAUUUGUGUUCAUUAGAUUUACCAUGUUCUACUAUUAUGAUAUUGUAUGGUAGUUAGAUUUAUACUUUUCUGUAGCGUGUUUUACCAUGUUAUACCAUGUGAUAUUUGUAUGGUAAUUGGAUUUGUAAUUUUAUUCUAGCAUAUUAUACCAUAUGGUAUUGUAUGGUAAUUUCAUUUGUAAUUUGUAGCAUAUCUUACCAUUUUAGUAGAAAUUGAUAAUCAUAUUCAUACAUGUAAUUGCCCUCUUUAGCAUUGAAUUAGUUAAUAAAAAAAUCAUCAUUCAAUUUGAUUCGGAAUUAAAGUAGAAGGAGAUGAGAUGGUUAUAUUAAUUUUUGUUAUAAAGAUAGAGUUAGAGUUAGAGUGGAGAGAACAUAUAUAUUUUUUCACUUCUUUAGUUGUAGAUGGGGAGAGAGAAGAAAUAAUUUAUUUUUUCUUUUAAUAAUAGAAAAAAGAGCGAGAGAGGGUUAGGCAUGGGGAGUGGGGUCCGCACCAGAGUGUCAGUGUCAAUGUCAUCAUUAAAUGGGGGGUCAGUGCAAUUUCACCCUACUGUCCCUCCGUGUUUAAUUUAAAAAAGGGCAAAACCUGACACGUGGAGGACAAAGAAAGGGUUACUCACAGUUAUUGAGGGGGAGGUUACUGGCCUGAUUCGGACCCUCGGGUACGUGCGUGUUCUUUUUUUCAUUUCUAAAUAUUAUUUUUAAUUUCCUAUGUGGCACAUAUGUGGACGGCACUUAAGCGCCACAUAAGCAACGGUCAAACAUAAGCUGGGCAGCAUUGGGUCAAUGCUUAACUCUAACAGUCAAUUGAAAUUCGUGUAACACAAAUGCCACUAAUUCCCAAUAGGUUUGGAUAGUAAUGUAAUUAUUGAGGUUACGUAAUAUAAAUGAUAAUUUCGCAAGAUGUUAUUAUUUUUAGUGGUAUUAGCCCUUUUAUUUAUACAAAACGUCUAUAUAUAACUUUUUUUGAAAUUUUUUAUUUUUUGAUUCUUCCACGGUAGGGGCCGUUUAAUAAAGAUCGUAUAUUAGUAAAUAUUCUUUUUUAUUUUCAUGAUUAAAAAAUCAAGUCCUUUUCAAGUUUAUAGGGUUACCGAUGAAAUGUUAAGCAAUUUUUGGUUAUUGUUAAUCGCACCUUUUAUAUUAGUCGGUUAAUCAUAACCGUACAACCGGUUAUUAUGUCGGUUAACCGACUAUCCAUUUAGCAAGUAAUUCGGUAAGGUUAUAUCAAAAUAAUCAAACGAUAACCGAACCAACAGAAGGUCCCCCUCUUUUUUUUCAAAUUAUGCAUUUUUAAGAUUUUUUUAUGCAUAUGUGCAUGUUCUUUUUUAUAUUUGUAACAUUAAUUUGGGUUUGGCUUGUUAUUCCUAUUGGGACUGAGAGUAUAAAGUGAAGCAAGGAAGAGAAGAGUGAUGAGUGUGAACUCGCUGAGGGAAGCCAAUGAUGAAAGAUGUCCUUUGCUAUCUUUCCUGCAGCAUAAGUCAUCUGAUCUUCCUAAUCCGAUUUGGAUGCCUACAUAUCAAUAGCAAAAUCGGUGGUUUUCUUUUCCUCUUUCAAUCUUAGGGAUCACAUUAGGAUUAAACUGGGAAACAAGAAGAGGGUCGUGGUGGGAAGGAGAUUUUUUGUUCGAAGUGCGAGAGUUUUUUUUUUUUUUGGGAGGAAUAUGACCAUUUUGAGGGAGAGAAACAUAAAUAUGAUAUUCGAUUAUGGAUGGGUUAACCACUAAUCGACUAUUUGAUUAUCGGUUACACCAAAAGUGAUUUCAAUCUACAGAUAACCACAAUGCGUACUUAUAACUAGCUAUUGACCCGGCCCGUUGGCCGGAUUAUUUUAAGUUACCGACUUGUGGAAUGGGGAAGUGAGCUAGAGCAGGAGAGCAUCUAUUUGAGUUGAACUCACAAUUUGGGUCUAUUUGAGUUCAUAUAAUUAUACAUAUGAAACAAUAAUAUCAACCAUCUAGCUAUGCAGUAAAGAAAAUUUCAAAAUUUACAUUAGAUAUGGGUGUUCAUUUUCUUUUGGGUAGCUAGUGUAAUGAAUAUAAUUUAGACCCAAACUAAAUAGUUGUUUAUUGGUAUGAUCCAUAAGUGAUAUUACCAAAUAUGAUUUGACUGGUAAUAAAUUGGGUUUGAGAUGGAUGUUAUUUGCCAUUCAUAGAGGAGGGAAUUUUAAAGGCCUCGUUAGAAAUUAGUUGUUCAAUCGCUACCACAUCAACCGCUAAUGUAUCACUUACCCAUGAGACUUUUUAAUUUAUUGCGAAAUGAGAUGAUCUAAAUUCCUUCAGUUUUGGGUUCAAAUUAGAAAAUUUGCAAUCACUUAUUUCCAUAGUUUUCAUCUCCUACUUUUAAAUGCGCUAGGUUUAAAGUUUCUUUAUCUAAAUUUCACUCUCUCUUCUCCUUCUUUUCAAAAAUUUUCUCUCACUUCUCUCUAAGAAAUUCACCCUUCCAGAAAAUAGAGGGACUGCUGUCGGUGCCUCUCCGGCGACCAGUGGCAGCUCUCCGCCGCACUCUCCUGCUUUUUCACUUUGUGUUUUCAGUUUCCAUCUCUCUUUGCUUUUCUCUUGGUUUCUCUAGCCAUUUUUUGGCAUGCUUUCUCUGCUUGUUUGGUUUCCCCUUCUUGCAGAUCUUGGAGGUUCGGAGAUGAAGCCCAUGGCGACGGACAAGGUAUUGGAGAGCUUGAAGACAGAAGAUAGUCUUCCCUCUGUUUCCUCUGCCUGCGACCCAUCGAAUUUGUUUGGUUUCCCCUGGGUUGUGCUCGGCGGGAGGCAGACUAUUUGUUUGGCUCGGGGUGGUGCGUUUGGAGAUCUUUCUCCUUCUCUCUGCCAUCCGGGUUUGGCAGGAACACGCUACUUGGCUCGACGAUUGGUGGCGAUGUCAUGGGGGCAUUGCAUAGUUCGAGUGAGCGGCGGCGGCGACAAUUUCGGCCACGGCAGCGGGGAACGCAGAGGGGGCAUGGCGGCUAGGGUUAGAGGAUUAGAGGAUAUGUUUUGGAUCCUAGGAUUAAGGAUCUAUUGAGUUCCGGGCUAGGUUUGGUCCUGGUUAUCUACUAAUUUUUAGCCUUUUUUGCAUUGCAUAUCAUAUUUCAUUCUCAAUGUUUUUUUACUCUUCUUUUCCAAUUCAAUUUCAAGUGUAUAUACAAAUGAGGACAUUGGUCUAUGUUAAUCACACAAAGUCUCAAUCCAAAUACAUGUUCGUCUAAUCUUUUUGCUCAUUCUUUGUAUAAAAUGUGGUUCAUUGG